UCUACAAAUUCUCACAGUACAUACCAAGAUAUUAUGAAGCAAGUCGACAACGGACGUACAACACACGGAUAUGUACAGUAAAUGCCUACAUAGAUGGUGGAUGAACCCCGCUGGGAAGUAAAUUUUCUAGGCCAGUUGAGUCAAUACUUGCAUAUCAGAUUAUAAGGUUAAAUUGUCGGCUUGGCGACAGAAGAUCUAAUCUAAUCUUUGCCCCACGUCUCUUCCUCUCCCCAUUGAAUGAGAGGAUACAUUCCAUCCAAGUUACGUAAAGAAUCCAAUUUCAUCCGUCUCAAUGGGAGAUUACAGGCACGACCCAUCUACUGGAAAGUUAAAAUCAGUUUCUUGGGUUUCUUGUAAGUUAAAAAGAACCUUAUUCCUAUGGCACUCGGUUCCGAGAUUUAAUCUUGAAGGACCUACUGAAUGGAGCACAAGAGGCGAGAUCUGUGUAUUUGUCGUCUGAAGUGAUGAUAUGAAGGGAUAGAGUUUCACCUCGUCCUGUGAGCUACUAGGAAAUGCUUUAAAAGAUAUCUUUGUAGUCCAAAUGUAUAAAUGGGGCCGUUUUUCUGCAGAAUACUUCUUCUCAUGCACUCAGCGUUGCCACUGCAUCGGCUGCUGCUAUCCAAGAACCUGCCAGUACUCUUUUCACCAUUAACGACUUUAAAAGCUGCAUGUAUCAGCAACACAUCUUGCUCUUACUCAUUCAAGUAUGCGAUAAGCACAAGAACCGUCAGCGGCUCCACACGCUAUUCAACCAUUCUCUCAAUCAACGGCGGCAAGCUCCCUGACAUCGCCACAAACGGCGCUGGAUGCGGUGGUAUAACUGAUCGGUAUACGCGCACUUCUGGGAGUCUUCAUAUUUACAACUCCCGUGAGAUUGUGUAUACCAGUAGAGCCGGAAGCUACGUAGUUUCUACGAGCGAGCUGGGUACCAGUGUUGGGCACUAUACUGAUCCUACUGCUUGCGCUCUGGCCUAGUCUUAAUAGAUUGUGCAGUGUACUUCACAACAUGCGGCCGGAAAGGCAGCGGCGUUCCAUCAAGAUAUAUGUGGAUGUAAUUUAAAGGGGUUUCUUUAAGCCAGAGGUCCAGAACCUACCGCGAUUUCUUUUUGGUUUAGGUCAGAAAACUGAGGAUCUCAAAGUUGAUACGGAUCCUCUAUCAGGGAAUUCUAUUGCAAUUGGUACAUUACCCCUCACAG